AAAUAUGUGGAAGGCUAAAAACAAAACAAUAUCACAAAGACCAAAUUGCAAAAAGAAAAUUGAUAGAGGACCAAAACAAUAAUAGUUCUGAAAAAACCCCAAAUAUGAUGAUAUGAAUUAUUAGUCUCUUUUUUCUCCAUUUAUCGUCUUCUCCUGCUCUCCAGCUCCAUCAUCGCCUCCUGUUUCUUUCUCAAAUUCACACGCAAACCCUAAAUUCUCUCUCUGACGCUGCUCUAGUUGGCUCUUCUGCCCAACCCAACUCGCCGGUUCAUCGCUUUCAGGUUCAUAUUGUUUUUGCUCCAUCUUGACUUUCUAGCCAGUGCUUUUCAUCGAGGAGUUAUUAGUUAUGCUAGCAUUUCAUGUAAAUAUUGGACGGUGUGAAGUUUAGUUAGCUGAUGAGGAUCACAGCUGGAUUAAAUCUUUUUAUUGAGUUGGGGUACUCACCUCCUACAUGGGCAAGUUUAGUUGCAGGUGGCUUUGUUCUUGUCACUCUUACUCUUUCACUUUACCUUUUAUUUGAGCACCUUUCUGCGUACAAGAAUCCUGAGGAACAAAAAUUCUUAAUUGCUGUCAUACUCAUGGUUCCCUGCUAUUCAGUAGAAUCUUUUGUAUCAUUGGUGCAUCCAUCAAUUGGUGUUGACUGUGGAAUACUUCGAGAUUGUUACGAAUCAUUUGCCAUGUAUUGCUUUGGAAGAUAUCUCGUCGCGUGCUUAGGUGGGGAGGAGAGGACUAUAGAAUUUAUGGAACGACAAGGGCGUGCAAGUUCUAAGACUCCUCUAUUAGAACACAAUUUGGAAAAGGGAACAGUAAAGCAUCCUUUUCCAAUGAACUAUUUUCUAAAGCCAUGGAAACUUGGCCAAUGGUUUUACCAGAUUAUCAAAUUUGGAAUUGUUCAGUAUAUGUUAAUCAAGACUCUAAGUGCUGUUUUAGCUGUAAUUCUUGAAGCCUUCGGUGUAUAUUGUGAAGGAGAAUUUAAAUUGGGCUGUGGGUAUCCUUAUAUUGCGGUUGUUCUGAAUUUUAGUCAGUCAUGGGCGUUGUAUUGCCUAGUUCAAUUCUAUACUGUUACAAAGGAUGAAUUAUCUCACAUAAAACCUCUGUACAAGUUUUUGACUUUUAAAUCAAUUGUGUUUUUGACCUGGUGGCAAGGUGUGGCAAUCGCUGUUCUCUAUGCCCUUGGUUUGUUCAAAAGUCCGAUAGCUCAAGGCUUACAAUUAAAGUCAAGCGUCCAAGACUUCAUUAUUUGUAUAGAGAUGUGCAUUGCUUCUAUGGUUCACCUUUAUGUGUUUCCUGCAAAACCAUAUGAGGUAAUGGGAGAAAGGUUUCCCGGAAGUGUUGCAGUUCUUGGAGACUACGCUUCUGUUGACGGUCCUUUAGAUCCUGAUGAGGUUAGAGACAGUGAACGCCCAACAAAGCUUCGACUUCCUUCCCCUGAUAUUCAUGGCAAGAGUGGUAUGUCGAUCAGAGAAAGUGUUCGGGAUGUUUUUAUUGGUGGUGGGGAAUAUAUUGUGAAUGAUGUGAAGUUCACGGUAACUCAGGCAGUGGAGCCAGUUGAGAAGGGUAUCACAAAGUUCAACCAGAAAUUACAUAAGAUCUCUGAAAACAUUAAGAGACAUGACAAGGAAAAAAGAAGAACAAAGGAUGACAGUUUCAUUGCAUCACCUCCAGCACGGAGGGUGAUUCGUGGAAUAGAUGAUCCCCUGUUGAAUGGGAGCAUUAGCGAUAGUGGGGUUGUUAGGGGAAAGAAGCAUCGCAAAAAAUCAGGAUACACCAGUGCAGAAAGCGGAGGAGAGAGCAGUAGUGAUCAAAGCUACGGUGGGUAUCAGAUUAGAGGCCGAAGAUGGCUCACAAAAGACUAAUUGGAAGGAAAACUCAUUGAAUCAGAAAAUGAGGAUUCAAAUGCCAGGGGCAUGCCUUUAACAUUUGGCCAUGGUCCAGUGAUUUGCUACUCAUGGGCAAGAAGCAGCUUAGCAUGUUUUUACCAAUGCCGGAGUUGGCUUCACCUUGGUGCUGUGGUUCUUGAUCUGAAUUCAUCUGCUGUAAUGAUGAUGAUGCAGUACAUUUUUUUGUAGGUUUCUAUAAUUUUCUGUACAGAACUUCCCUGUGAAUUAGGGGCUUGUUUAUAGAAA